GUGCUGCAAAAUUCAGGAGGAUCAAGUUAGAGACUAGAGUGACGGGGACUGUCAGCCACCUCACUGUGUGUUGGUACACAGUCAAGAGACUUUAAAGUUUGAGAGUGAAGGCAGAAAAAGUUUGCUUGUCGAGUUAUAUCCUAGUUGCUGAUAGUCUGAGUCAAACCGCACAGCCAUGGAGUGGGGAUUACCAUGUCGGACAUCCCUUUGGAGAAAGAAGCUCAUCUUUUGGUUUUGUUCCGUUCUGGUUAACAUAGCUGGAGCUAAAGGCGAGAUGUCCCACGCCCACCCCACGCUGAGUGUUUCAGCCCCCCACCUGUACUACACGUGUCCCGAGGGUGCAACUGCCAAACUGGUUUGUGGCCAGAGAGGUGCAACCUUGUACCCCAAAGAUGUCUUGAAGCACAGCUGGCUUUUCACAACGCACAGUGACCAACACUGUAUAGGAGGACAGGGCCCACGCCAUAUUAUCAUUGGUAGUCAUUCACAUGGCAACCACAGCUUGCCGCCGGGGUUGCAAUUUGGAUUUGCGGAGCAUAGCUUCUGGGUGGUUCUGCAGAAUGUGACCCACGCUGACCAGGGUCGCUACUGCUGUCUGCUCCUAGACUUCCAGAUUGAACAUAAACAUGGCUCCAUCGUGCAGAGACCCCAUAGCCACAUUAUUCUCCAAGUUACACCACGGAGAAAUGGAUCUCAAGUUUGCACUGUCUGGGAUCCCACACCACCUGAAGGCUCUGUGGCAGUGGCCCUGGCCAUAGCAGCCUGCAUCUUGGCUCUGCUUUCUCUGCCUCUUAUUCUGGUGCUUGUGUACAAACAGAGGCACAACGACCAGUCGAGCAGACGUGCACAAGAGCUGGUGAGGAUGGACAGUGAGGCUCAUGGCCAUGAGAACCCUGUGUUCCUUGGGGGAUCACCACAGAUUAAGACCCGUACCGUGUCUCAGAUCAUGACCAGGCAAUCCUCAGAGACAGGACGCAACCUGUUGUCUGAGCCCGGAACCCCUCUUUCUCCUCAUGUAUAUGGGGACGUAUUCUUCCCAGUAGAAGACACCAUCCCUGAGUCUCCAGACUUCCUGCAGGUUUAAUGAGGGUCGCUUCAACUGCUGAUCUGGAAAAAAGUCCUGCAACUCUCUUCCUCUUCUCUCUGCAUUCAGAGCAAUGUUUCUCUUAUGAACGGUCUCACAAUAACGUCUACUGGGAUUGUCUGGACCGCAGGAGGGAUCGGACAGCAUUUUUUAUCCAAAAACUAUUUCCACCUGCAACAACAGCUGGAGGCCAAAACAAACUUUUGCUUGUGAGAGCUUGUGUUGUGGGGGCGGGGGGGGGGGGGGGGGGGGGGGGGGGGGGCAACAAGUUCCCCGCUGCUUGAGAAGAGUUUUUAAGGUGUGAGGUUACAAGCUUGCCCAUAUAGUUCCUCAACUGAUUGCUAGUCAUGGUAACAUGGUAUACACAUCAGCAUGUGAGUGCAGGAAUAUUAUCAUACAUCACAAAGUGAAAAGGGGUUUAAGCAGAAGUGUGCAUUGCUUGCAUCCUUCUCUGUGUUACUGUAAAAAUCAAAAAAACAUGGGGGCUGCACUGACAGCUGACUGUCUCUCUGAUUGUUCCAUCCGGCCUUCCAUCAUUAUUCAUGACAGACGUGAUAUUAUCACUUGCUGAUAAAACUUAGUUUUGAUUUUCCCUACUUCGUCCAUGUAGCACUGAUGAUGAAGGGUGACAAUCAACAAAACUGUCCAGUGAAUGAGUCAUCUGUCACUUCAAUUGCAAUAAGUCAGUGAGAAAACAAAAUGGACUGGAAUCAAAAGACAACAGUACAUCCUUUUUUUUUAACCAAACCACAGGUGUGAAAGCGACCUAAGGCUCUCUCUCAUCCCUGUCAUUGUAGUAAAGUCUCUCAAAGCUUCAUACCAAAGGAGGCUGCAAGUUGACAGUGUUUUUAUGGCAUUACACUGUUUAUCUGUAUCAUUUCCACUUGGCCUCGGCUUCUUCUCUCUUUCCUCUUUGCUACCUCAGUUACUGCCAGCUCUGUCUGUGUCUCAAUACUUUCCUUCCUUUCCUGUAUUCUCAGAAACACAGCACUUCACAGUGGCCUUAAAUUUAUUCAUAAAGUGCUGUAAAUAGCAGUAUGUAUGUCGAAAGAAAACCUUUUGGGUCUUGAAUGUCAUUCAUUCUUAUGUACAGUUUAACAAUAAGAAUAGUGUUGAUUGAUUUGCUUUUGAAAGUAGCCUACAGAUUCCUAUUAAAAAAAACCCACCAUAGUAAAACUGUAAAAUCUCAAUGUUGUUUUUUGGAAUCUUUAUCUCAGUUAGUUUUUGUUUUUAUUUUGUCUUGAUUUAAUUGUUUGUUCAUAUUUUUAUCUGUGCAAUUGGAUGCAAAUUAGUAAAUACUAUUUAGCACAUGUGUGGAUGAAGGGCAUUGAAAUGUCAACCAAACCUUAUCAGUGUAGAUAGAAAGAAAAUAAGAAAAAGUGAUUGCAGGUGAUUACAAUGUUGAUAUUACUGUCUGUCUGUGGCUGAUUGUGAGAAACCACGGGUGUUUUUUUUUAUAUUGAGGUAAAAUAUGUACAGCAGGUGCUCAGCAAAAAUCACUUCAGAAUCACAUGUAGCAGGUCUAUAGGACAAGGUAUAAUGUAUGUAUGUUUUUAAACACUUUGAUAAGAGUUCAUGGUCUCAUGUUUAAGUAUUUGUGUUUUCAUGUGUGCCCGUGUGUGUGUGUUUUCAAAUCUUGGGCUACAGUGUACACUGUUGUCUGGGUUGAAUAUGUGUGAGCAUACUUGUAUGUGAUAUAGAAUCUGUAUGUAUUUUUGUUUUAUACUGUAAAAAGCUUUAUUAAACAUAGAUAUAGAGAAAAGCAUGUUUUGUUCUGUGUAUUGCAUUCAAAUUGUCUGUUUCUUGUAUAAUAAAGUGGAGUUGUUGUACCUUAAA